AUGAAAGUUCUAGUGUGUGCUCCAUGCAGCUGCUCUCUGUGUGUGUGUGUAUGUUCUGGACGGACUGACGCUGAGCGCAGGCAGGCGAACUGCGAACUCUCGCUGAGCUGGAAAGAAGCGCUAUACACGGUGAAAGUGAAAGGAGCUCCGUAAGUGUGGAAAGCACCGAACAGGCGGCCUCCCCCCCCCUCACACACACACAAACAAACAAACAACACAGGGAGACGGGCCACGGGUGUAGCUUGAAGGCAGCAGCGGCGGCAGCAGCUCAGCAGACACAGCCAUGGCCAACAUUGCGGUCCAAAGGAUCAAACGGGAGUUCAAAGAAGUUCUCAAAAGCGAAGAGACGAGUAAAAACCAGAUUAAAGUAGAUUUGGUGGACGAGAACUUCACAGAGCUGAGGGGUGAGAUAGCAGGGCCUCCAGACACACCAUAUGAAGGUGGCAGAUAUCAGCUUGAAAUAAAAAUCCCAGAAACCUAUCCUUUUAACCCGCCAAAGGUGCGCUUCAUCACUAAGAUCUGGCAUCCUAAUAUCAGUUCUGUGACCGGAGCAAUAUGCCUGGACAUUUUAAAAGACCAGUGGGCAGCUGCUAUGACCUUGAGGACAGUGCUGUUAUCUCUACAGGCUCUCCUCGCUGCAGCAGAACCAGACGAUCCACAGGAUGCAGUAGUAGCAAACCAGUAUAAGCAGAACCCAGAAAUGUUCAAACAGACUGCGAGGCUUUGGUCUCACGUCUACGCGGGCGCUCCUGUCUCCAGUCCUGACUAUACACGUAAAAUAGACAAACUCUGUGCCAUGGGCUUCGAUAAGAAUGCAGUAAUAGCGGCCUUGUCUUCAAAAUCCUGGGACGUGGAAACGGCGACAGAGCUGCUCCUAAGCAACUGAAGCCAGGUGUGAGGAUCCAAAAACCCUUCAUCACAGUGUCAGCUCCUCCACCACUGCCUUUUGUUACACAGAAAACAAACACCCCAUCCACCAUGGCAGUCUGAGCCUUCGUUUAUUACCAGUUUGUUUGCUACUAAGUCAACACCAGUAGCGCUGCAUUUGCCAAUAUGCACAGCACCCCGUUGCCUGCCGAGUCUUUACUCCCACCUACCCAAUAUGUGUAUUUCAGUAUUAAGCCCUCCCACCCUUAAAAAAUGAAGAAAAAAAAAUCCACCCAUGCCUCCAGUCUUCCAUGCCCUUUAAACACAUUAUUUUUUCCCCCCACAAAUUUCCUUAAAGUUGUAAAGGAUCGAACAGCUGCUGUAAUCAGGUGGAUUUUCCAGGGUAAAAUGUAAGGAAAGGAAAGCCUGCUGACUGCUUCUACACUACAUUACCGUUUAAUUCCUUCGGCAGCCAGUUGGACCGUGUGUGUUUCUCUGCUACAGACUUUUAGUACUGUAAAGAAGAAAAAAAGUCUUGCUGGAUUAAAUUUUCUUGACUGGAUAGUGCUGUGCAUGAGCAGUGUAAUGUUUUUUUUCUCCUGAACAACCUUUCAUUGAUGCCUCAAUCCACUACAGAAGUUUGGAUGUACAGGUUUUAUUUUCUGUAUGUAGACUUAGAACAAAAUCACACACACACAUCUGCCAACAUCUGCACACAUGCACAGAAGAAAAAUCUGUAAAUAGAUCUGUGUAAAUUUGAAAAUACAGUGGGGAUGUACUUUUUUUUUUUUCUUACAUGGCAUUGUAAAACAGAUUUUAAAUAUAAACUAUGCCUAGUUUACAAUUGUAAG